AUGAAGGUGACUUCCCAGAGACCAAACCCUUGUAAAGCACAAACCUGGAAGAACAGUGGUGCCCCAGCUCAGAAGCUCCUGGUUGGCUUCCCGACCUAUGGAAAGACCUUCACCCUGCAAAACCCCUCCAACACUGGGAUUGGGGCCCCAACCUCAGGCCCUGGGCCAGCAGGACCUUACACCAGGGAGGCCGGGCUUCUGGCUUACUAUGAGAUCUGCUCGUUCCUGACCACCGGAGCCACCCAGGCUUGGGAUGCCCCUGAGGACGUGCCCUGUGCCUACAAGGGCAACGAGUGGAUUGGCUACGACAACACGAAGAGCUUCAGUGCAAAGGUCGACUGGCUGAAGCAGAACAGCUUUGGAGGGGCCAUGGUUUGCACCAUCGACAUGGAUGACUUCACUGGCACUUUCUGCCAUGAAGGCAAAUACCCCCUGAUCUCCACCCUAAAGAAGGGCCUCGGUCUGUGACCAGCGGCUGCAAGACCUGUGAACAGUCCAGUCCUCAAGUCCCUGGAGCUCCUAAACAUGGAAGCAGCAAUUCAGGGGACUGGCCAUGAAGAUUCCAGUCCUGUUCCAGCCAACAGACCCCUCUGAUCUAAUUGCACACAAUAAGAAUGAUUAAAUGAAGCUUCCUGCAAAAGCAA